AUGAAUCAAUAGCUAACUGUAGAUAGCUAGUACCCUUAUUUUAGAAAUUAGCCAAUAAGUCUUCAAGAUCUUCCAAGCCAAUAGCAUUCAUAAAAUUAAUGGACAGGUGAUAAUAGUUUUUAAAUGGAAUAUUCAGGGGCAAAUGGAACCGUCCAAGUGAAUUAUCCAAAUUAUUUAGUAGCUUAAAACUAAAGUUAAUCAUCAAGGAUUACUCCUUAAAUGAAUUAAAGCUUUUAAAAUUAAUCAAGAUCACCUCUUUAAGAAUUAAAUGUUUAAAGAAAUAGCAUGAAUAAUCUUAUUUAAGAAAAUGAAUAUGAAAAUAACGGACCUAAGUAUGUAGCUUUUUAGCUUCCUGCAAUCAUGUGCACUAAAGGAAAAGGCAACUCAAUACACGCUCAACAUGAUUAGCCUCUAACUAUGGUAUGUGUUGAUAGAAAUUGUCUUGAUAAUAACUAAUUUUUGUUAUGUUCUAUUUGUAGCUAAACUGAUCACUAGUUUCACGAAUAAGUCCCACUAAAACUUCUGAUACACGAUAUAAUAGCAUGCUUGAACGAUAAAAAAGACUCACCGAAAAAAUUAAGCAGCAAACUGGCAAAUUUAAGAGCAGAGUCCUUGUAGCGUGUAAAAGAAAUAAGAUAAAAGAUAUCCUAGAGAUUAGAUGAAAUUGAAUAAGAGAUUAUUUUUCUCUAUGAAACUCUUUAGGAGCAUUAAAUAAAAUAAGUUAUUAGAUUUUCAUAAAAAGAUGUUCUUGAGGGAAUUGAUAAUCUAAUGAGUUGUAAGACAAAGGAGCAUCUGUAAGCGGAAAUAAGAAACAUUAUGAAUAAUACGCACAUUGAUAGUGGUAAUGCAAAUAAUUUCGGAGUAGACAUUUUAAAUGAAGCAAUAGCAGAAAACACCUUAUAAGAUAUUGGAAUUAAACAUGAAAACUUGACAAAAUUACUAGUUAAUCUUUAAAAAAGCUGUGAAGAUUUACUUUAAGAUAAAGAAAAAUUAGUAGCAAACUUCACAAUUAAUUGCAAUGAAAGCUUUAGUGUACACCCAACCUUAAAUAACUCAGCAGUGGCUGCCUUAAAUAAUCAUUCUGCUCUUUAGGAAAAUAUCGUACAUCACAAAAAUACUAUUUAUGAUCCAGAUUAUGUAAACAAAAAAGGAGGGUUGCAAGGGAGUGGAGACUCUUUUAAUAACAUUCCAGUAGACGAACCUUAGAGUUUAUUAUAAACAUCUUUUAUGUCUCAUACUUCUAAAUCUAGCAAUAUCUUGACUUAGCGUUUCGAAUUCAGCAAGACAAUGCGUGAUCCUAACAUAGUUUUGCAAAGGAGAGUAAUUAUUAACGGUAAUUACGAAGGGAAUAAUGAAAGAUUACAUUAUCGUGUCUAACUAGUUUUACCAGAGCUAGAAACAGCUACGCCAAGUAUUAAAUAAUGGAGCUUUAAAAUUGCUAGAUAGUUACCUCACUGGAUUGGAUUUGGAGUUUGUCAUGUAAAUGAUAUCAAAAAGCAAUAAUUCAAACUAACAAACAAUGAAUUCUCAUUUACUCAUCAUGAAGGCCAAAAAAAAACAAAUGAUCAUGGAUGCUAUUUAAUUACAACACACGGAUGGGCAUUUGGCCAUAAAAACUAACCUUAGAGAACUAAUCUUCGUUUUAGCAAAAAUGAUAUUAUAACUUGUAGAUUUGAUCCUUUUAAAAAUUUCAUAAUUUUCUACAAAAAUAAUGAUUUCUAAAAUCCCUAUAAUUUGAGUUUUGAAUCCAUCUGCUGGAAUAAACUUUACCCAUGUGUAGUAUUUUGGUAUCCAGGAGAUUCUGUAGAACUCCUUUGA